GAACCUCACACAUCUGGCCAGAGGGAGCCAUGGUAUUCAGGGAGUGACACAGAACCCCAGCAGAACCUGGCUCUCUCCUGUCUCAUAGAUGCUGCUGCUGCUGCUGCUGCUGCCCCUGCUGUGGGAGGGGUCCCUGUCCCAGAUACUGGAGCUGCAGCCCUCGGUGACGGUGCAGGCAGGGAUGUGUGCCCAUGUCCUCUGCACCUUCCAUCGCUCAGGAGGAUUAUUCUCUUACCACUACGGAGUUCAUGGCUACUGGUUCAGAGAAGGGACUCAUGUUUUAUAUGGCAGACCCGUGGCUACCAAUGACCCAUCUCGGGAGGUGGAGGAUGAAGCUGAUGGGAGAUUCCAUCUCCUUGGGGAUCCCAGGAUGAACAAUUGUUCUCUAAGCAUCACAGAUGCCCGGUUCUCAGACACGGGGAAAUACUUCUUCCGAUUUCACUCUGGAUAUGAUAAAUACAGUUACCUCAAGAAUCUACUCUAUGUGAAUGUGACAGACUUGAUCCAGAAACCAGACAUCUCUAUGCCAGAGAUGCUAGAGUCGGGGAACCUAGUGACUGUGAACUGCACAUUUCCUUGGGCCUGUGGGGAAAACAGGCCCUUCAAAUUCUCCUGGAGUGGUGCCGCCCUCUCCUCCAAGACACAAAGCUCUUGGGCAUCCCACUCCUCAGAGGCCUCCUUCAUCCCUGAACCCCAGCAUCAUGGCACCAACCUCACCUGUCAGGUGACCCUUCCUGGAGGCCGUCUGAGCACGGAGAGAACCGUCCAACUCAACGUGUCCUAUGCUGUGCAGAAUGUGACCAUCACCGUGGCCCAGGACAACAGGACAACAGUUUUCAUCCCAGGAAACAGCUCAGAUCUUGUGGUGCAGGAGGGACAGUCCCUUCGCCUGCUCUGUGCUGCCAACAGCAAUCCCCCAGCCACACUGAGCUGGCUCCGGGACCAAACCCUGGCCUCUUCCCAGCCUUCACAGAAUGGAGUCCUGCACCUGGAUCUGCCCCACCUAGGGCCAGCAGAUGGAGGGAAUUACACCUGCCUUGCUCAGCAUCCUCUGGGCUCCAAGCAGGCCUCCCUAAAUGUCUCUGUGCAGUCCUUCUCUGCCCAGGAGAACAGCUCUUGGCCCCUCAUGCUCACACUGCUCCGGGGAGCCCUCAUGGGGGCCGGCUUUCUGCUCACCUAUGGCCUCACCUGGCUCUAUUACACCCGGAAUCCUCUAGGGAGGGAGCUGCCACCAGCUCCAGAAGCUGCGCAGUGCUCUGUGUGAAGGCUCUCCUGCCCUGGAACCCAGCCCAGACCUGCCUCCUACCUCUUCCACUCGAUGGCCCCAGUUCUGCCUUCAGGGACCCAGCAAGUCAAGCCUGACCCACCAGCCAGUGGACUGACCUCCAGGCCUAGCCGACCAUCCUCAGGUCUCCCGUGGGUCUCCUCUUCUCUCUCUGAACAGCCACAGGCCUUUCCCCAGAUUGGCCUAUGGCAUGACCUCCUUGAUGGAGGGAGGGAGUCUGCAUCCCAGGACCUGCUACCAGGACAUGCCAAAGCCCCAGAAGCCCAGCCCCGGACCUGGGAGAGCGCCUGCAGCUGUCGCCAGAGCACCCAGGACCACAUUAGAUGACCAGAC